GUUUGUUCAGAACGAAUCCACCAAGGUGUGCUCCUCAAAUCAAAGAGAAAUCGUGGAGAUUGUCAUUGUCUUGCCAUCAAAUGAUCAAUUCUUCCAUCUCUUGUUCAGGUGUACGAAGCUAGACUUUGCCGCAGGUAAAGAUAAAACGUAUGGUCGUGUGUAGGUCCUCUGGCGCGUGAAGUCAGAUUGGUCUCUCGUUCUAGUGAGCGGUUUCUUUCACGUGAAAAGAAAACAGAAUGGUCGUCGUGCCGCGGUUCGACCCAGCGGCGCUUGGCAAGAAGAAGCGAAAGCGGGAUGAAAAUAAACUUGACGUUGACAGCGCUGCAGCAGAACAGUUCGUGGCUGCUGCUGCUGUUCCAAUAAAAGAACCUGCUAUCGGAGCGGAUAAUCCGGAACCCGGUUUCGAGAAGAAGAAAAAAAAGAAGAAGCGAAAAACUGAAGUAGAAGAAUCUACUGUCCUCGGAGUUGUGGAUCAUGCUGUCGAAGCACCAUCACUGGAAAAAGCCGAAGCAGGUACAACACGACCGGGAAAUAAAGCGACAGUAGACGAUAAAAUAAAUUCUGCGAGUACAAUAGAACCAGGCUUCGCGAAGGAGAAGAAAAAAAUUUCCGCAUCAGCUAGUAAAACUUCAGCUGGACCUGCAGUAUCCCCCAGAAAAAGACCGACAGGUCAUAUUUGUAAUGCAAAAAUAAAUAGACAAAAAAAUAUGUAUUGCGUGCCCUAAACAGGAUGUUAUGGCCUCGCCCAUGACAGAUUUUCCUGUGUAUUUAUUUUUGCAUUACAAAUAUGACCUGUCGGUCUUUUUCUGUGGGAUAUGCAGGCCCAAGUGAACAAGAUGUCAAGCCGAAGUUGAACCGGUGGAAAGUGAACCCCAAAUUCGCGUUCUCCUACCGCAAGAACGAAUCUACUGCGGCGUUGCCAGCGACAGUAGAAGAAGAAAAAAGGAAAAAUAAUGCUGAGGCUCAUGGAACAAAAGAUGCCGUCUCAACAGCAGCAGCAGCAGCAGCAGCAGAGGAGGAUGAUUCUAAUGCGGCCGCCAAGGACGAAGCGGAAGCAGACGCAGACGCAGAUGCGCCCGCACCUGGAGUUGAAGAUGAUGAAAAUAUUUUCGAGGAAGUAGAGCAACAACCUGCAUUCGUUCCCGAUGUGAACGACUGGCUGGCCUCGUUGGGCGCCGCAGCAAAGCAACCUGGAACUCUAGCGGCAGGAAAAACUACCUUUGAUGCUGCUUCAUCAUCCACUGACGGAACCAAGCACACCUCUGCCGACGGUUCGACGAGAGCGACAAAACGAGAACUCACCCCCGAGGAAAGAGAGCUCCUGCUCAAGCCCUGGCUCAGCUGGCCGAAAGUGCAAGAUGUCGACAAGCCUUUCAAAAAGCCAAUAUUGCCUUUCUGCCGAACCGAAUCGAGCAAGGAAAUGUGGGACCGAUGGCGGCUUUUGCAACCGGCGAGGGAGAAGGAUAUAAAAGAAAAAUGGAAGCAGACAAAGCGGCUCCACGCAAAAAUGAUGGAAAACAGAUGCGUGGAGCGCGGGAUGUACAAAAGAUCAUGAUUUCAUAGACGGACGACAGUAAAUCAACGAAAGUAUAUUCAUCGACCACACCAUAUGAAGCGAAAAUGAAAAAGUACACAU